AACGGCUUAGGCGUGCUCAGUCUCGCGCAGCUUGCCGAGGCACAGUCGGGGUUAUAGCAACAGAAAAGAUCAUCAUCAGACACAACGGGACGGCACAGAGAGGGACACUGUCGCACUUCAGUCUUUCUAUAACGUGGUCCACCACAACCUGAUUGAACAGUUCAGACCGAACACAUACACAGCACAGGAGGAUGGCGGUGAAUGUCUACUCCACAUCUAUGACCAUAGAGAACCUAAGUCGUCAUGACAUGUUGGCAUGGGUCAACGACUCUCUACAGCUCAACUACACAAAGAUCGAGCAGCUCGGUUCAGGUUUUGCUUACUGUCAGUUCAUGGACAUGCUGUUUCCAGGGUGCAUAUUGUUGAAGAAAGUCAAAUUCAACGCUAAAUUGGAACAUGAAUACAUCCACAAUUUCAAGGUCUUACAGGCUUCAUUCAAGAGAAUGAGUGUGGACAAGAUCAUCCCUGUAGAGAGGCUGGUGAAGGGGAAGUUCCAGGACAACUUUGAGUUCCUUCAGUGGUUUAAGAAGUUUUUUGAUGCCAACUAUGAUGGGAAAGAAUACGACCCUGUACUGACACGGCAGGGCCAGGAGGGAACGCCACCUCCACCUAACCCAGGUGAACUCAUUCUCCACAAACCUAAAAGGCCCUCUCGCUCAGGCCCCAUGAGAACAUCUCCCACAGUACCAAAGACUGUUCACGCCCCUCCGAGGCAAAUCAACUUAGCACCAGCCCGCAGGACCAUUCCCAUGGCCCGCAACGGAGGAGACGCUGAGCUCAUGGAGCUCAACCAGCAGGUGCUCGACCUGAAGCUGACUGUAGAGGGACUGGAGAAGGAGAGGGACUUCUACUUCGGAAAGCUGAGGGACAUCGAGCUCAUCUGUCAGGAACACGAAAAUGAUAAUAGCCCAGCCCUCAGCAAAAUCAUGGAUACACUGUACGCUACAGAGAACUAGACAUACAGCUAAGAACAAGGACAACAAAGCUGAACAAAGGAGGGAUUUGCACCACCAGAGGACGAAGAUAUUGACGAAGGAGCACAAGGAGACCAGGACGAGUUCUGAACUCUUCUUCCUCUCUUUAUCACCUUCAUCAGCCUGCCCCCACCUCUUACCCUUUAAUCUACCCCAUCAUUAUUGUCAUAAUCCCCCCUUUAUUUGAUUUUUUUUACACUCCCCCUUUACUUCUCCCAUCUUGUCUGCGGCUGUACAUUUCCUUACUAGCAAAAGACACUAAACCCAGACCUGUCUGGACCCAGCAACCUGUCUUGGCAUAUUCGACUUAUUCUAACCCGUUCCCAGAUGAGUCAUCUGCACUGCAGGGCUAGUUUAGCCUGUUAUUUUCUGGAAAGGUUUAAAGGGUAAUUCUGGUCAUUUUAAACCUUGGUCCUAUUUUACAUAUUUUGGGGUCUAAUUGAAUAAUAUGUACAAAAAGUUCCCAGGUUUCACACUAAAUACUGGAAUUACCCUUUAAGGUUAAUAGCAACGAGAUUACGGGGAUCCAGUGCUGACGGCCUGGAGCCAGCAGUGCUAUCAAUCUGUCUGUCUUAAGAGGCAGGUCACUUUCUCUCACGAUGCACUUUGAUUGGUCUCCACAUAUAGAUGCAGGCAUGCAUCUGGGUGUAUGCAGAGUUUAUAUAUGAAACCACACAAUGUUUUCCACAUAAUGUGAUCAGUUUUUUGGAUAUUUUGGCUGGAAAUUCCAGAAGGUGAGAUUAUAAAUGGUGUUAAGCCUGUUAGAAGAGAGGCCUGCACAUAUAUUUUGAACAUUUUGCACUUGUGAACGUACAUUUAGCCCGCAGACAUAUCGCAGACUUUGAACUGCUCACAUGUACAUGCAUAAAGAAGUCAUCAUUCAAAGAUAAAAACAUCACAGACUAUGCUCUUAUCCAUCAAGUUGUCCCAUCAGAGAGGGUUUGCUCAUGAAACUGUUUUAACAUUGUGUUUAUGAGCCAGCAUGAUGUAUUUAUUAUUUUAUUUAUUUAUCUUUUUUUUUUAAAUCUGUUCUAAACAGUUUCUAGGGGACAAAAAUGCGAUUUUGGAUUUAGAGAAAUGUAAGGUCUUGCACUAAAUGUAGCGAAACAAAUGAACAUGAAGUGAAUGGUUGCAACCAGAAAGAUACAAGAAGAUGCUAUUUUAUAUUUUGUAGAUUUGUUUUAAAGAGGUUUGUUUUUUAUUUGCAUUCGAUUCCUUAAUGGCCAGGUCAGAGGCGUCAGUGUAAAAGUUAUUUAUCAGACAAGUGUCAAGCUUUGAAUACUAAGAAUGAACAAAUGUAAAAAAACAAAACAAAAAAAAUUAAAAACAAAGGUAAGACUAAAGACAGACUACUACUAACACUAAUGUUUGACUGUUUUAAUUGAGUUAAACAUUGUAGCUGCUAUAAUUUUUUUUCAGUUGCCGUAUUUAAUUUGUUUUGUUGCAAAGCGUUAAAAUGCCACAGUGGCUGCCAAGGAUCUGGUUUACUGUGACCAACAGCCAGGCUGAGUGUGAUUGACAGUAGUCGGACCAGUCUGAGAGAACAAAAGAUCAAACCCUCUCCGUUUGUUGCGAUAGCAGCCAUGUAAUAAACUUGCAUCAUUUGGAGUCACUGCUGGAAUGAAAUAAAGCUCUAAGGUUCAAGAAAACUAACAAAC